AUGGUCCGACUUGUCGUCACACCCCCACCCACCUGGUCUCCCACGCUUUACAACAACUACGUUGACUUUGUGUACUCAGACGUUAGUACUGGGCCGCUGUUUGAAUUAGUCUCACUUCAGCCUGGAGAACGAGUCGCGGAUAUGGGCUGUGGGACAGGAGAGUUGACUCUACGGCUUCAACAGCUGGUUGGGGAGCAAGGAUUAGUUCUAGGAGUGGAUUACAGCGAAGAAAUGCUCGAAGUAGCUAAAGCAAACGGCGUAAAGAACUUGGCCUGCUGUGACCUGCAGGAUUUCGUCUUGCCUAAUAGGCUUAAACUCCUAUCCGGAACCUUUGACGCUGUUUUCACCAAUUCUGCGCUUCAUUGGUGCAGCCGAGAUCCUCGAGGGCCGGUGAGAGCCGCCAAAUCUCUCCUUAAACCUGGAGGACGGUUUGUUGGGGAGUUCUGUGGAUAUAUGACGGGACUAGGGAUACGAAGCGCUUUCUCACAUGUACUAAAGCAACGAGGAAUACAACUUCCCAAUCCGUGGUUCCUUCCGCAGCCAGCACAAUAUGCAAAGAUACUCGAAUCAGAAGGAUUCGUAGUUGAACAUGUCUCGCUGAAUCCGCGUGUCCUUCCGCUUUCCGGGUCCUUGAUAGGUUUCCUCCGCGCGGUUUAUCGAAUAGGAUUGCUGAAAGAUAUGAGUGAUGAAGAAGCGGAUCAAAUUAUGCAUGAAGUCAGCGAUAUUUGCCAGGUAGAUCAGAAAGAUAGUGACGGUGUUUGGUACAAUAUGCAUGUUACUCUGAGGUUCAGAGCUAUCGCCCCAUCGACUGUGUAA